UAGCAACAGCUUUUUCACAAAGAGGCAACAUUAUGGUCCCACAAUGUAAUUCUGAAUGUCAGAAACUGACAUCUUUUCUGUCUUUGAAUAUCAAACAAAAACAGAUGAACAUAGGUCAGGUGUUCAAAGACUUAACAAUGUUAGCAAGGAAACACAUUGAUGUGAAACCAGCUUUUUGUUUCAUCUUGACCACAGAUCUCUGUCAUCUGUCACAGUUUAAUCCUUCUUCACUCCGAGAACUGCUUCUUCUACAGGCGAGAAGUGCACUAAAUGGAAAAUCUUUUGAUCUUGCAAUGAAGCUUUGUAAACAUGCUGAAGAAAACAUAUUUGAUUAUGAAAACAGUGAAGGAUUCCUGAUUUGGGCAGAAGCUCUAGAACUGACAGGAAAUAUCAUGGCUGCCUUUGAAAAAGCACAACUGGCUAAAACACAUUCUCAGAAUGAGGCUGAACGACGGAGAUCACAGGCAUAUUGUGAUACACUCCAGGAUAAAGUAAAAGGAUUGGCAUCAUCCACAGCAUCAAACCAGGUGGAUAAGUCUUGGCUGGUAGGAACAAAUGCUUUCAGUAUCAAGAGAGAGCAAGAAAAGGCUACGGCUGUUAAAGAUUCUCAUAUUCCCAAAAAGAAACGUUCAAAGCCAAAAAGGAAAAGAACUGUUUCCAGCUGCACUACAUCUUCAAAUUCAAAUAACAAUAGUAACCAUGUAGGACAGAUUGCUAAUUUAAACACAAGGGCAUCAGAACAGAAUAACAAGUCUAGUCAUUCAUCAGACAUAUCUUCUGUGGAUUCCUUGCAAACUCAAAGCCAGGGACCCCAGUUUGAUGAGGAAGAACGUCUUGAUGUAGCAUCAUUAGAGUUUCCAGAUUAUGACAACUGGGAUUGUUCGGAUGAAGAGGAGAUGAGAAUGGACAGUGAACUAGACGAUCCUGUGUACACAGAUGACUCGGAAUCUGAUGAUGAUUUCAACAUCAUGGCUCAGUGUGAAAGUGAAAAUCCUGACCAAACAUGGUUUGAAGAAAGCAAGGAAAUCUUUGAAAAUGGAAUUAAUAAUGAAAAUAAUCCUAGAUUUUGUAUUGGAUCGGGAAUGAAUUUAAGUGAAAAAGAUGUAGCUAAAUUUUUUAACAGUCGUAAUCAAGAUCCUAGGCGAAAACCAUUCUACAGAGAUUUUAUACAAAAUGAAUAUCUUCACCAACUUCUGAAAAGUGAGCCAAAUAGAUAUAAGAGAUGCAGAAUUGAGAUAGAGUCUGCACAAAAAGCCAUCUGCAAAAUUCUAGGCUCAGCUGGAGUUGAGACUAAUAUUGAAAUUGCUGGAAGAUCAAAAUGUGGCCAAUGUUUCAACAAUGAUGAAGUUGCAGUAGAAAUUCUCUUUCGUCCAAAAAAACCCUACAAGCAUAAAAGUUCAUCUGUAAAAACAGAUUCUAAAACAUAUGGUGAAGUAGUGGGAGUUUUAAAUAGCAAUUUCUUCAGGAACAGUAAAUACCCUAUUCUUGCAUGUACAAGUAAUGAAAUUGAUGGUUGGCUAAUGCGUCCUCUGUGCAAAAGUAUUCCUAAGAUACAUGUUAUCAAUACAGUGACCAGAAACAAAACACCAAAUUUGACAAGAUACAGAACUGACAUAUAUGAACUUGUUGGAUCCAAGUUGAAAUACAAGGGGAAGUUUGAUGCUAAUCCUACAUUACGAGGACAGUAUGUGUUUAUUGUUGUUUACUUGGGCUGGGGAAAUAAGUAUGUUUACCCUCUGGGAGCAGUGCUGGGAGUUCUACAGUGUGGCAAAGAUUUCAAUAGCAGUCUGAAGAUUUUAGAAAUGCAGUACAAAGUUCCAUCCUUGUUCCCUAAUGAUACUGUUUCACAAAUUAAAACCAUUUUGGAUCAAGGUGACAAAUUUGAUGCUACUGGAAGAGAAGAUAAAACAAAUGAUUUGGUGUUCACCAUUGACCCUCCACAGUCCAAGGACCUUGAUGAUGCACUGAGUAUCUCUAAACAAAACAAUAAUUACAUUGUUGGUGUACACAUCGCUGAUGUUGCUUCAGUUGUGAAGAAGGAUGAUGCUGUUGACAAAGAAGCAAGAAAAAGAGCUGUAAGUUUCUAUGUUCAAAACAAACGUACUCACAACAUGCUACCAGAACCACUGAGUCAAGACAUAUGCAGUCUGGUACCAGAUAUAAAACGUCCUGCGUUGUCAGUUUUUUUAACCUUUAAUCCAAAUGGAAAACUUGUGAAAACUAUUGUGAAAAAGACAGUCAUCAAAUCUACCAGAAAAUUCUCUUAUGAAGAAGUUCAAAACAUUAUUGACAAUGAACCAAACACUGAAUCUUCACAGCUUAAAAGCAGCAUAAUUGCCUUAAAUAAUCUUGCACAAAAGAUUCGUGAAGAACGACUGAAAGAUGCCAGGUUUAGCGUGCCAUUUGAAGAUGUUCGUUUUUGUGAUAUGGAAGAGAAAGGUAACUGUGAUGAAGCUCAUGCACUUGUUGAGGAAUUUAUGAUUAAAACAAAUGCUGCUUGCAAAAUUUUGAAAGAACGAUUUUCAAAAUAUCUGCCACUUCGUUGCCAAACAGCCCCAGCAACUGAAGAUGUAUAUGCUUGGUUAAAGAAAGAAAGCAGAAUUGUUGAUGUACUAGUUCAUCUACAAGGUAAAAAGGUUCUUCCAAACAUGGUAAUUUCAGCUUCAGAGGGUAUACACAAAUGUGCUGCAGAAAGAACCGAGUUCAUCCCAAUUCAGAGUGACAUCUGGAAGUCAAUAUUGGAAAGUCUGGAAAAGAGCAGAUUUAACGAGGCUGAGAAGAUGAUUUGUACAGACGAGAUCCACCCUCUACAGAAUGUGGGGUGGAUUCACUGGAUAAAGCUUCUUGAUAUAGCAGAAUACAGAUGUUCUGGUGUGAUUAGUGACACUAAGGCAAAUCACUUCUCACUUGACAUUCAGCCAUACAUUCACUUUACUUCUCCUAUCAGAAGGUAUGUGGACCUUGUGUCUCAUCGCCUAGUGCAUGCCAUAUUGUCUGGUGAUGCUUGUCCAUACACAGUUGAUGACAUACAACAAAUAUGUGAUGAUGUCAAUGAAGCCACAUCACGGCAGAAGGCAUUUGAUCGCAGUUGUAAAGUGUUGGCAAAGACUGAAAAGAUGGGUAAGAGUUCAGUGGUUUUCCAUGCCAUUGUUGAUGUUGUUACCGAAAAUGGAUUGGAAUUGUUAUUGCCAGGACUGCGCUCUGUUCCAUCCAAAUGCAGAGAGAUUAGAUUUUGUUUGCUUGACUUAAGCAAGAAGCCUGAAAUGACAAAGGACACUGAAACUAAUAAAGACAAUGUCAUUUGUCAGUGGAGAAAACGCUUGUAUGAUACCACAGGAUGUCCAAAUCAAGCUCUUUUUAACAGACUUCAUAUUCAUCAGCCAGACGAGUGUGUUGUGGUGGAUCCGAAUCAACAUACAGUUCUGGUUCGGUUUCAAGACUGGGCAAAUAUAUUAAAUGGAAUUUUUACCAAAAAUAUAUCAGCAGUUCAGAAAACAGUGAGACCUCUUCUCCCAACAGGAGCAGCCAACCCACGUUCCUAUAGUAGAGUGGUUGACUUCAUAACAUCUGAAACAGGACAAGGAACUAUCAAGAAUCACCAGAGCAAAUUUAAACGGAGUUUUAUACCAGGCCAAGUUGUCAAAGUUCAGCUGGGUGCGUCACCUAACAAUGGUCUUUUAUUGCCAAAGAUUGAACUAGUUCACAUUACACAAAAUCUGAGUCUUUGUCACACACACUUAGAUGAUCCUGUGGGCAUUUUAAGUAAAUAUGCUACACGUUCUGUUAAACAGCAUUUCCACUCCAUUGAUGAGUACAAAAAGGCAUGGCUGCCUGUAAUCGAAAUGGAGGCAGCAGUGUCAGCUGCAUCUGGUGAGCUAACGCCCAUCAUUAACAAUGUUCACUUUACCCUGAAGCCUGAAUCUGUUUCAGACAAAACAUUCUACACAGGAUCAUUUCAACUCCCAGUAAGCUUUUGUGAUGAAAGGAAUAUUGAAUUUAGGGGAGUACCUGUUAGACAUCUUCCAGAAGAUAAAGACAUCCACAAGUCAACUUUGAAAGCAUGUGAUCUGAGGGGACUUGGAAGCAAUGACUACUUGUGCAUUCGGUGUUUUGUUCCUGGACCACCAGGGAGUGGAUGUAGAGAUGUGGAAAAUGGUAUGACAUGGAUAGGACAUGGUCAGAUUGUCAGAGCAGUACUUAAUGAAAAGCAAACUUAUAGGAGUGACUUGGAAAAUGACAAAGUGAUAGUCACAUUUGUACUGAAUGACAACAGUACACCCCCACCUGCAAGUCUCACAUUAAAAAGAAAGAUCAAAGGAACUGCUGAAAUCAUCUAUAAGAAAGAGGUAGAUAGACGGACACAGAAUGCCAUUCAAAGCCUGAAGAAAACAAAGGAUUCAGAACCAACAGGCAGUCUGGCUAGAGCUAUAGUCUUGGGAGGACAAUUACCUUGUUUGUCCAGAGAACGUUUAAAGAUAGCAAAAGAGCUGGACAAGGAAGUUACUGGUGAUAAGUAUUCCCCAAUGCCUAAGAAUAAUACAAAACAGUAUGAAGCAAUAGAGAAUGCUUUGAAAAAAAGCUUUUCUCUUAUACAAGGACCACCAGGUACAGGCAAGACAUACACUGGUAUUAAGCUGAUCUAUCUGUUCAAUGAGAUCAAUGCUAAAGUCCGAUCUGAAGGAGGAAAGAAGUGUCAAGUUCUGUUCUGUGGACCUUCAAACAAGUCUGUAGACAUGGUUGCAAGGUAUUUGCAGUAUCGUCUUUCAACAUCAUGUCCCAAUCUCAUACGGAUGUAUGGAAGCAACAUAGUCAGUCAGGAUUACCCAGUUCCCAAACGAGAUCUAAUCUCGAGACGCAGCAUGCAUGAUCUGAAGUCAGACUCAGAACUUCGGGGCAUCACUCUUCAUCACGUUAUCCGUGAAAGAGGUGAUUAUGCUGAUGAGAUUAAAAAGUUUGAUGUCCUCUUUGCAUUAAUGUUAAAGGAAAAUAAGACAAAUGAAGACAAAGCACAAAUAAAUAAAUAUAUUCAAAAUGUUCAGCAGAAGCAGAAGAAAUCAGAAGAAAGGCAGAUUGAUCCUGAUAAAGCUAUCCACAGCAUCACCAAAAAGUAUAUAAAACUGGUAAGCAGUGCUUAUGCUGAAGAACUUGAAAAGUGUGAAGUCAUUCUGUGCACAUGCUCUGUAGGAGGAAAUCCGAAAAUUGUAAAGGCCACAAACAUCUACCAGUGCAUCAUUGAUGAAGCUGCCAUGUGUCCUGAACCCCUGGCAAUGGUUCCGAUUAUCGCCACGGAUGCUAAACAGGUUGUGUUGAUUGGAGAUCACAAACAACUGCGACCAAUCAUCCAGUGUUCUGAGGCUGCUGAACUGGGAAUGGAGCAGUCACUGUUUGAAAGAUAUUCUUUAAAGGAGUCAAUUUUGACUUUUCUAGACACUCAGUACAGAAUGCAUCCAGAAAUAUGUAAAUUCCCAUCAACUCAGUUCUAUGAAGGUAAACUGAAAACAGGACGGAAAUUCCGAGAAGAAGAAUUCCCUUUGAGACUUUGGCCGAAUAGCAGGAUUCCUCAUGUAUUCUGCCAUGUGGAAGGGUUGGAGGAAAUGCUCACAGUCAGCACCGAAGAGGGCAAUGAAGCAUCCAGGUCCAACAUGGCUGAAGUUGAUAAAGUGGUCCAGGUUUACCGAUGGCUUAUAGAGAGAGGGCAUGUGGGUUCUAAACAAAUUGUUGUUUUGUCUCAGUACAACUCACAAGUUUUUGUUUUGAAAAAAAACCUAACAGAAUACAAGGUCUCUAGCAGAAAUCCAGAACGACACUACAUGAAGUUAAAUGUCAGUACAAUAGUGUCCAGUCAAGGAAGUGAGUCUGAUUAUGUGAUCUUCAGUACUGUACGAUCUCUGCCAUCAUACAAGAUAGAACCGGCUCCAACACUUGGAUGGUGCAGACAGAACCUGGGAUUCAUCACGGACGCCAAUCAGAUCAACGUGGCUCUGACACGAGCUCGUAAAGGACUCAUUAUCAUUGGCAAUAAAAAUCUGUUGGAAGUUGAUGAAGUCUGGAGAAAUUUGCUGAGAUCAUAUGAAAGAGAAGGAUGUCUCACAGAUUCAAGAUGUUUCCCAAACAUUCCACGACCAAGACCAAGAAAUUUUUUGCCAGUAGACUAGUUUGUGUCAUAAAGACUUGUUAUAAUGAACACUGUCUGCUUCAAAGGACAACUGGAUGUGAGUUCACAUUAUUCAAAAGUUCUGCACAAAUGGCAAUUGAAAGUGACGUCAUAUUAUUCAAAAGUUCUGUGCAAGAGGACAAUUGAAAGCGAUGUCACAUUAUUCAAAAGUUUUGUGCAAAAGGACAACUGAAAGUGACAUCACAGUAUUUUGAGAAUGUUAACCCAAAUACUAAUUGUGCAGAGUAAACUCAUUACAAAACUGGCACCAUAAUAAAAUGUGGAUAACAGGUAUUUACAAACUACCUGGCAUGUGCAAAAAUAAAGGAUAUCUAUUGGUAAUGCAAUAGCCACUAUUAUUGUAUUUCAUGAUGAGUAUUUUACUUACAAUUUAGUAUUUAUUUAUAAAUUGUAUUGUUCAAUCAUUUAUUCAGCUGAUGUCCAGUUUGUAUUGCUAAAAGGCACUAAUAUUUAUUUAUUUAAUUUUAUAUUGUAAAUCGUUAAUAGUUUUUCAUUUUUUCUUUUCUUUUCCCCCUUUUUUUGUAACACUUUUUGCUAAUCUUCUUAAUGUCUUGGGACCAAUGAAAUUUAGGUUAUUGGUAUAGCUAAAAUACCAAUUUGAAAGACACAUGUUGUUCAAGUUGCUGAAUUUGUUUUAAAAAACAAAAUGUUAUUGAAUAUGUUCUCAACAUUAUUUUAUUAGAUUAUAAUCAUGAAACUUUAAACACUAUAGUCAUGGUGUUCUUGUAAUAGAAAAUGGAUCAGUAUAAAGCAUGAAGAAUUUGGUCACAUAUCAAAUGUGUUUGAUGCUUUUUUUGUAUAUGACUCUGCCAUCUUGUGUAAAAAAAAUUAUAAUUCAGUAUUCCUGUAUUUAGUAGUAAAUGUAUCUCUUUUCAUGAUUUCCAUAUUCUUUAACUGACUCUUUAUCAGUUGUCAUUACAAGAAAAAGUGUACAACAAAAUUAUGUACCAACUAUAAUCUCACUGUCCUAACCAAAACUGCAACAUUGUUAUGUGCCUUAGUCACACACAGUUUGAUACUAGAUUAUUCUGUGCCUGAGUCACACAGGUUUAUACUAGAUCACAAUGUGCCUAAGUCACACAAAGUCCAUUUUAUACGACCAGUAGAUCAUACUAUGUCUUCAGUGGUACGCUGUUUUAUACUAGAUUAUACUGUGCCUAAGUCAUACAAUGUCUGUUUUAUACGACCGGUAGAUCAUACUAUGUCUUCAGUGGUAUGCUGUUUUAUACUAGAUUAUACUGUGCCUAAGUCACACAAUGUCUGUUUUAUACGACCGGUAGAUCAUACUAUGUCUUCAGUGGUACGCUGUUUUAUACUAGAUUAUACUGUGCCUAAGUCACACAAUGUCUGUUUUAUACGACCGGUAGAUCAUACUAUGUCUUCAGUGGUAUGCUGUUUUAUACUAGAUUAUACUGUGCCUAAGUCACACAAUGUCUGUUUUAUACGACCGGUAGAUCAUACUAUGUCUUCAGUUGUACGCUGUUUUAUACUAGAUUAUACUGUGCCUAAGUCAUACAAUGUCUGUUUUAUACUGCACCUCAAAUCACACAAUGUCUAUUUUAUAAAUACUACAUCAUAAUUAUUAUGCCUUAAAUCACACAUCGGCUUUAACCUACAUGUACUACUAGAUUGUAAUUAUUGUACUUCUCUAAUAUGAAUAGGUGUUUAGCUAACAUAUUUUACCUUAUCCGUGUUAAGACUAUAGUCUGUGAAGGAAAUAAUGAACAAAAUUAUGUUGUUGUUUUUUCAAUUAUAUUUAUGUAUAAAUUGUGAUUGUGGGAUAAAUAUAAAUGUAUAUAUAUAUUAUAUAUCACAUCAGGCCCUUGGUAAUGGGGGGGUGGGGGCACGUGCCAUUAUAUAAAUAAAUUAUGGCUUUUCCCCCUACUACAAGCUGUGAUUCCAUCUCUAGACAGUGUGCCCCCGACCCACUCCACUCCAGGGGGCUGCACAUAUAUUUAUUUAUUUAUUUUAUAAUAUGCAUUCGUGUUUUUGCUUGUUAUGGUUAUAGUCCACAAGAAAAUGAUUGUAAAAUCUUUUAAUAUAAUAUAUAUUACAUGUAUUUAUAUAUUUGAAUAUAUUUGUUUUUAAUGCCUGUGACAUUUUGUUAAAAACUUUGUUUAAUUUUUAAAAUUUUAUAUUCACACAGAUGGAAAGAAAGAAAUGUUUUAUUUAAUGACACAUUUUAUUUACGGUUAUAUGGCGUCAGUCACACAGAUGGUUUAACUUAUGUUACCUUGUUUUUGUAAUACCCGGUAACUCUUUUGCAUGCUACUCAUGACUUCUGGUAAUUUUUGUACAUUGUGAGAUGUAGGGCCUCCACGAGUCCAACAUAUCGGACUCGAGUACUCAAGGGUCAAAUUCGACCCGGACCCGAGUACCCGACACUUACACAAAUUGAUGAUGAGACUAAGGAAUAAAGUAAAAUUAUCAUUAUGCAUUUUAAAGCUACCAUCCCUGGUUUCAAUCAUAUAAAAUCAAGCCCGAAGUUCAAAUACAAGCAUAACUACACUUUUAAUUUACUGAACAUGUAUGCCAAAUCAUGCCACUGUAUUGCAUUCCACACAAUCGACUUGUUUUCCAUCCAUCCAUUUCUCAUAGCCCUAUAAUGUAACCAAGAGAAAGCACAUGUGAACAGAUUCGAGUCUUGCUAGACUCUGCCCGUGCCGGAGUACUCGUGGGGACCCUAGUGAGAUGUAUAUAUUAUAAUAUACUCAACAAAAUUAAUUAAGGAAUAGAUAUUUUUGGCAUUUGUAGUGUUUGUGCUUGUACCCAAUUACGGUUCAAGCAUGCUGUUCUGGGCACACACCUCAGUUAUUUGGACUGUCUGUCCAGGACAGAAGGUUAGAGAGAAAUCGGUGUAGUGGCCUUCAAUCUACCCACUAAGAAUUUAAACUUGCUCUGGGUGGGAGCCGGUACCAGGAGGCAAACCGAGUUCCUACUACCAGCCUUAUGUCCGAUGGCUUAACCACUACACCACUGAGGCCUUUUUUUAUACAUGGUCAAAAGAAAAUAUAGCUUUUACUGUUGCAGGGUGUCUUAAACAUAAUGAUUUAAACAACGAUUUAAAGCACAAAAAAAGACAAGUAUUAGACAACCAAUGUGUAAUGAGACCUAACCUAAUGCUAUUUUGGUUGUUUUCAUAAAUGCAUGAAAAAUCCACCAUGUGUAAAAUGUUUGCUUUUUAUCAUGGAUCAUAUUUUACUGAAACAAUGUUCAGAAGUCAUCUCUGAUUAAGACUUAUUGUGUUGAGUAUAACAAUAGAAAACAACUCUGUGAUCAUCGUUAUACAAGUAUACUGCUAUUUAUAUACGACCAAAUAUGUGAUGCUCAACAAAUUACUGUGAUAAGUGAAUCCAUUCCAGUUAAUAUCUUUGUGAUUACAUGUAUUUUUAAUAUUAACCAAUCUUUAUUUUUAAUUUUAUAUUUUUUCACAUGAAUGUCUUUUAUGUUGUUAUACAUGUAUGCUAUCUUAUUUUUAUUUAUACUUAUAAAAUAGUUAUUUGGAAUAAGAAAUAAUGAAUACAUUUUUAAUUUUUAUAAUAUUUAUGAGAUGUAUUCAUUAACACAAAUGGCUAUUGUGUAUAAGUAUGUUUUCUUGAUUGUAAGGGUUUUAUUUACCAAAGGAAAACAAUGAACAAGUUUAUGAUUGUUAUUAUAUACUCAACUUCUUCAUUGAAAAUGCACCAGUUAGAUUUUAAUUGUGAAAGGGAUAUGAAAAAACCCAAACACAUUUAACUGAUUUUGUAUAUCUGACUGAAUUCUCGUAGGCAACAGGUAACCUAAAACUAUUAAUUAAGGGUUAAGGUUACUGUGUGUUUUAAAGCAACCUUACACAUGAUGCCAAUAACAACUAUAUAUUUAUUUGGUGGUGUGUUUUCAAUGGAGAUAGAUGUUUUAUAUUGGCGUGUAUAUGCUGUCUUGUUUUUAUGUAUCAAAAUUAUUAUUACUACUGUUCAUGUCUUCUGGUUUUUUAUAUACAUAUAUAAUAGAAGUAACUACCAGUACUAGCAUAACCAAAAUUGUUAUUAACUAAACAUUCUCAGCCAUUCAGAAUUGAAAAAAAAGAGGAAGAUAUCUAUGGUUUUCAGAAUACUAAUAAAUCCAUAAUUUGCAUUUAUUACUAAUAGUAAUACCAGUAUUUACACAGGUACUUUUGAAGAUGUGGGAUGUGGGGAAAAUUGUUAUAUUUGGAUGUUAAAUUCUCAAGGCAAUUUCUUAACAUCUUGAGAACAAAAUAGCUGUUAAGAUUACAAUUGCUGGCCUGUUUUUCAGGGUUUUUUUUUAUAUACCAGUAGCUGGACGAUUGUAUAGUUUUCAAGUGGGAUGGGGGUAUACUCCCUCCAGUUCCCACAGACCUGUAUGAUCAUCAGUUUAAUUUUGUUUUCUCAAUUUGUUUUUAAUACAACAUAAUAAUAAUAAUAAUAAUAAUGUAUGAUAUUGUAUAAAAUUAGCAGGUAGAAGAAUUAGUUUGUUUUGCACCUAUAACUACACAAAGUACCUGUAUAUUAAAACAAUAUUUAUCUAUGCUUGUUUACUCUAUAAUCUGAGUGGUAGAUACAUAUACAGGGUUUAAGCUGAACAUAAAAACUAAGGCUAUUUUAAGAACUGUAUUUACAUUAUUUUCAAGUUAGUUUUUUGGCAAUUUGUAAAGGAAUAUAUUUGUUAAAUUCAACUUUAUUCACAUUUGGUAAAUAACACCUUAAACCCUGCAUGUACUUUUCUUCUUCUUUUUUUUAUUACUUGGUAAGCAAAUUGUUACAUGCACAUAAUAAAUGACAUUCCAAUCAUUUUGGAAACAAAUUGUAAGAAAAUAUUCAUAGUUGACAAUUAUAGAAUUUUAUACAAAUAAUAAAGAAAUACACCGCUUUGUGUUUUUAUGGCAAAUACUAGAGCUGCAACGAACACACCAAGUGGUGAAUACGUAUUGAAUACAAUACUUCUCACGAAUAUGGGGUCUUGAAUAAAUAUAAAUAAAUAUUCACGAAUACCAAUAAUUACAGUGAAUCUAGCAAUACUGUACUACUGGUUUGCUGAAUGAAGCAACCCACCAGUGAACAAAAGUAAAAAAUAGUAUUUAAAUAGUAGGAUGUGGUUAUCAUUAUACUUUGGAAUGUUAAACGUUAAACAUUAAAUAAUUAAAUGUCAGUUAUAAAAACAAAAUUAUAAUAAAAAAAUUAACAAGACACAAAAACAAAACAGACAUGUAAACACGGUCUAGAAGAAAAAAGGCUCAUCUGCUGUGCUGAACACCCUCUAUAAAACAGAAAAUGAUUUUUUGACAAAUUUCACUUUCAAUAAAAUCAUCCCCAACCCCCUCUUCCGCGAAAAAAAGCGCAUAUUGCCGACGUAUAAGACACAGCAAUGAUGAAUUGUUUAACAUUAUUAUUACUAUCUGCUGUGUAUACUAUCGGCGUAUCGCAUGUCACUUUAUUUCUUACAUUGUUAAUAAUAAUUAACUACAUUAUAUAGAGGAUGUACCAGUUUUCGUUAUCGAAAACAUCACUUGACUGAUGUAAUUUGGCCAUCAUAUGUUGGUUAAUGGAUAGUAAACUGCUUGAAAUACAUCUGUGUUUACAUACAGCUUGCAAACUGUUGUCUUUCUAAAUUUAUAUAAUAAUGAUAAUAAUAAAGAUUAAAUGACAACAACAAAAAAA